AGAAGGCCUAAUGUCAGAGUGACAUUUCUAUUUAUAGGUGGCUGGGGAUGCCAAUGAUCUAACUUUAGCAGAGCUGCAAGACAUGGCAUCCAGACAACAGAGACAGAUAGAAUCACAACAGCAGGUCCUAGUGGCCAAGGAGCAGAGGCUAAAAUAUCUGAAGCAGCAGGAGGCUAGGCAUGCCCAGGUGGCAUCUGAAAGUGAGCGGUUAAAAAAGAUCAGGGAUCGUGUUGAAAGUCAGGAGCUGAAAUUAAAAAAGCUGCGAGCUUUGAAAGGACAAGCAGAACAGUACAGAGCUAAUAAUGAGAAUUUAAACACUGAACUAGAGGCUGUCAAGGCUUUGUUCAAUGAAAAAGAAAAAGAGUUGGCCAUGGCAGUAGCGAGGGUUGACCAGCUGACCAGACAGCUGAAGGAUUUAAAAAGUGGAGUUGGCAAGGGCUUGUUGGGGACUAAACAAGCUAAUGCUGCUAUAGAGUUGGAGAAACUCAGGAGAGAGUUGCUGAUACGAAACAGGUUGAAUGAACAGCAAUCCAAUGCAAUUUACACCAAAGAAAAACUUCUGCACCAACAUAAAGAGGAGGUGACGAGGAUAGACUCGAGGAUAAUUGAGCUCCAACAACGCCUGAGAAAACAGAAGAUGCUUGAACAACAGAUGGCUGAACACGGUGGUGGAAACGUCAUCAAAAACUCUGAGACUCAAAACUCUGCCAACACUGGGACUAAGUUGAAUGGGAUAAUGAAGACAGGGGUAAAUCCCUAUAAGGAUAAGUUUGUCUAUGACAAAACUGAAGAAAAUACUGGGAUUAAAAGAGAAUUAAACAACAAUUAUGGUCAGUUUGAUGAUUAUAAUCUUCCUGUUGUGGUCAGUUCUGAUCACAAAGGGACACUGAGUUCAAACAGUCAGUACCACAAGCAGCAUCCAUCCUCGUAUUUAAACAGUGUCAGUGAGCCAAGUCUAUCCACCAAAGUUAGUUCAAACCCAGCAGGUUUUAACAAGGAUCAGCUCACAUCUAGUCAGCACAGGACAGACGACGCCCCCAGUGGACAGGCCUAUAAAAGUCCUCAUGACCUGGCUGGGCAUAAAGUUCCACCAAGUGCCAGCAGCCCUAAAGAGCAGGGUAAACCUGGACUACACCCUGUCAUAAGCAUCAGUGAGGAGGAGAGGCAGGCAGGGAGUGGCCAGAGUUCACCAGCCACCAGCGAGACAGACAAUGACAAGUCACAGUCUAAAGGAGAAGAGGUGAUCACCUCUUCUAUUGGAUCUGUGUCAGCUUUAAUUGAAAAACUCAACAAAAACAAUGGUCAAAUGGAUAAAACUGGUUUAUUUCGGUCCAAUUUUACCCAGAGGCGACCACCACCCAUUCAUAACAGUGGAUUUAAUUCAGACAAAACCCACCCAGAGGCAUCUCUUCAGCCCAGCGUUAAAACAUCUGAUGUGGACCAGGAUGAUGUGAACCCUGGCAAAAUGGGAUCAAAUGUUGCCCAGUCGCAACCGUCACCAAACAGUGGUCUCCAUCUCAACCAGAAGCCAGCACCAACAUACAGAUACGCCUCUAAAAACCAGAUAGCCAACACCUACAUGGGGCGACUGGGCACUGCGGCCAUGGAGAGAUACCAGAGAAACCUCAACUUGCUGUACAGGAGCUUAGACACAGAGGCAGAGAAAACAGAGCUUGAUAAGGGAGCGGAGGAAACUACGUCAUUUUCACAUACAGCAGACGCAUCGGCUGCCUCAGAAAAUCUACAGUAUGGAGUUGUUAGGUCCCCUAACUAUCCUGACAUUGCUUCAGAUAAAGGAAGCUACAAACUGAAUACACCAAAGCAUAUUCGUAGAAGACAUUCAGACAGUGAAAAUGAGGAAGUAAACAGGGUACUGCAAGAGACACAAGAGCUAGAAAACCAAAGACAAAACCAAAUAGAGCAAGCUGUAGAUAGCAACUCAACCCCCACCAAGGUAGCAGAGAAAUCAGACUCCAGCCCAGCAGACAAAGCCAGCGUUGCUGUUCCUGUACCAGAGCAGCAGAGUCAGACGGAGCAGACGCCAGCGGAAGAGAAAAAACCAGAAGAGUUGCCUCCUCCUGUCAGCACCCCCACACUCCCUGAGUUGAUCAGGAUAAGGAAAAGUAAAAGUAACCUCAAGCAGGAGGGGAGCAGGAAGUCAAUGAACCGUGUCAGUUUUGACCCGCUGGCCCUCUUGUUGGAUGGCUCAUUAGAAGGGGAGCUGGAGCUGGUCAAAAAAGUGGCUGUACAGGUUGAAGAUGUGAGUAUGCCCAAUGACGAGGGCAUCACAGCUCUGCAUAAUGCCAUCUGUGCUGGCCAUCUUGAGAUAGUCAAGUUCCUUGUUGAGUUUGGAUGUGAUGUCAACUCACCAGACAGUGAUGGCUGGACCCCCCUCCACUGUGCUGCGUCCUGUAAUAACCUGCCCAUGGUGAAGUUCCUGGUGGAACAUGGUGCCUGUGUGUUUGCCACUACCAUCUCUGAUCAUGAAACAGCUGCCGAGAAAUGUGAAGAGGAUGAAGAUGGCUAUGAUGGCUGUUCAGAUUAUUUGUACAGUAUUCAAGAAAAAUUAGGCAUCAUAAACAAUGGUGAAGUGUAUGGUGUAUUUGACUACCAGGCUACAAAUGUUGACGAGAUCAGCUUUCAAACAGGAGACAAGCUGACAGUGCUGAGGAAGGGUGAUGACCUUGAGAAGGAAUGGUGGUGGUCGCAGUUUAAUGGGAAAGAAGGAUACAUUCCACGUAACUUAUUAGGGCUUUACCCUAGGAUUACACAGAAAGUGAAAGAUGUGUCUGACUGUUGAAUAAUGGUUGCACAUCAUUUUUAUACAGUUUUAUCUAAAUAUGCAACAUGUGUCUAUACUGUUUAUAUAAACAAGUUUGUUCCUGUUAUGACGACUUCAACUCUAAAACUAUGACCGUUGGUUGGAAAGGCUGUUGGUUGGUUGAUUGGUCCUGAGAGAUUAUUACUCACUUAAACAUUACAGGACUACAGGUGUGGCCUCUAUUUAAUGAUGAGUAACUUUAAAUACUUGAAAUCAGCUAGAGGAGAUUUCUAGUUGUUGUUAAUGUUCAUCAGAAUAUGUUCCAGUUAAGGCCCUGAUAUUAGUUAUGGGUUGACUUUUUUAUACUUUGAACUAUGCACCAAUAAGCCUUAUACUCUGAACUAAUUCAUAUUAUACAUGUAACAUGUUCAUUUGUCAAUAAUAUUAGCAAUUAAAGA